GUUGCUUAAAAUUUGACCCUGUUGUUAAAGGGUGUCAAGUGUUCGAAUCAUAAGAAGAUAUAAUUGGACUUUUCAAGUCCUUAUUUUCGUACCUCAAUAUUCUGGCUACCUCCACAAUGCUUGUGAGUUCACUCUUUGCGGAGUCUCAAAUAUUUAAAUGUAAAAGGUAUGGUCCAGAUCAACAUGGAACUCAUAAGGCAAUAUCUUCAAAUCAGCUGGGAUACUAUUGCAAACUUGUUGAGUAUGAAUUAAUUAGAGAGGUUAUCCUUGAUUUGGCAUAUGAAUAUGAACUUAACCUGUUGACCAGCUAUGAAAGUGAUCUUUAUUGUACAGUGGCUAGGAUAUGGACUGAAUGUCAUGUUUCUAAAGGAAUAGAAGAAACAUGUUUUUACAGUAAAGAAGAACAUGGAAAUAAAAUUAUGGAUGAUAUCCUUUCGAUAUUGCAUACACGGAUGGAAAAGAAGCUAAAUGAAAGACUGGGAUUGUUCGGUGACCACAAUCAAGAUCAAUCUGAAAGCAAUCAUUCAGUUGGAGUUGAAAAGCUUCGAAAUAGGAAAACUGAACUUGCUACAGAACUUAGAAGGUUACAGGCAUCAUUCACAGAAAUCAUAUCUAGGAUAUACAAUACAUCUUCCCGUUUAUUUCGUGAAUAUCGACACGUAGUUUGGCCACGAAUGAGUCGUCAGGCAUUAGCAGUUUUAACUGAACAAGCCAAAGCCUUACUUUUGCGCGUCAAAGUUUUGCAGAAAUCCAUUGAAUAUUCCACUUCACAACCUUCAGAAACUUUAGAUAUCCUGAAGAAAAUUCAUGUUUAACACUUUUUGUUUGCUGCUGUUCAUCUAAGUUAUUUAUGGGCAUUGGAUUCAUGGGAACUAUAGUCUCACAUUUAAAUCUGGUCCACUUUGGGAUAAAUGAUUGAAUAGCAUUGAAAAUCGUCUCACACACAGUAAUUUGAGCCACAAAUUCUGUAGUAAAACCAUUUUGUUUUAGUUAAAAUCGCUAUAUUACGUCAGUAUUAUUACCUGAUGUAAAAUACUCACCUUAACUAUAAUUAUUUAUACCUUAUUCGUCCAUACCCUGUAUUCUAAAAGCAUAAUAUCAUUUUGAUAAUUUCUUAUGUAGUAAUAUUUAUAUUUACGGAUAGGAAAGACAGAGUAACUGUUACCGUUGCUGUUGUUUCAUCAAUAAUAAUAAUGUUAGGAUGAUAUUCUAUUUUCUUUAUUGCUAUGAUAACUUUUUAUUUAAAUUAUGUCUCCAUUUGUUACACAAGCAAAUCAAUUGUCUUUAUUUUCUUAUGAUGUAUAUUUUAUUUGGUAGUUAACAAUGAUGUAUUCUGGGAAUUUAUAUAGAGUAAACACUAGUUUUCAGAUAUGAUCAGACUGAUACAAAUUGCUAAGUAAUAGCGAAUUUAAGCCUACACUUUUCGAAAGAACAUAAUUUCCAGGUUACUUCAAAAUGACCAUUUUGAAUAAAAUUGAUAAAAUGUGAGACAAUAAAUGUUAUGCAGAUUGGAAUUCU